AACAUAAUAUUUUUAUACUAAAAAUAUAAAAACCCUACUAGGGUUCUUGUUUGUUUGGUCAGACUCAGAGUAAAGAGAGGAGCAGCGUUUGGGCCGUGACACAGAGAGGCCGCGAAACUCCAUACUCUGCUACCAUGGGUCGUAUGCACAGUCGAGGUAAGGGUAUUUCGUCUUCAGCUUUACCGUACAAGAGGACCCCGCCGAGUUGGCUCAAGAUCUCUUCCGGGGAUGUAGAGGAUAACAUUUGCAAGUUUGCAAAGAAGGGUCUAACACCGUCUCAAAUUGGUGUUAUUCUUCGUGAUUCCCAUGGGAUUGCUCAGGUUAAGAGUGUUACCGGGAGCAAAAUCUUGCGGAUACUUAAGGCUCAUGGGCUUGCUCCUGAAAUACCUGAGGACUUGUACCACCUGAUCAAGAAAGCUGUUGCCAUUCGGAAGCAUUUGGAGAGGAACAGGAAGGAUAAAGAUUCCAAGUUUAGGUUGAUCUUGGUUGAGAGCAGGAUUCACCGACUUGCUCGCUACUACAAGAAGACAAAGAAACUUCCACCUGUGUGGAAAUACGAAUCGACUACUGCCAGCACCCUUGUGGCUUAGGUGAGACAUUGAAUUCAAUACUAGCUUUUGGAGCAUUCCAGGAUGUUAGAGCAUGGAGGAUGAUGCAGUAAAUUUAAAUUUAAAUUUUAUUUCUGUAACAAUGGCCAUAUGGUUUAAUUGAGUUAAAGCUAAUUACGAGAUAUGUGUUGGCAUGUAUUGGAUGAAUUUGUCAUUGCACUUUGACCAUCGAAGAUCUUUUUCUUUUUAUUUUUUGAAACUUUGCUGGAGAGUUAAAUUUAAUUGGAUUAUGAUUUUCAGAUGAA